GGGAGUGACGCGGACAGGAGAGCUGGUUUGUCCCUGUUUCCUUCGCUACGAAAAAUAUUUGGACUAACUAAACCAACUGCUGGCAGCACCAGUUAUUUGUGUUAUUAUGAUGCGGGUUUGUGUAACUUGUUGAGAAAGGCGACCCCGGGACCCGUCUUGUUUAGGACCUGAUUUAUUCUCCGGUCGGGAUUGUUGUGUUUGUUCGGGCCGAGCUGUCGGGAUAAACUUUUUUUUUUUUUUUUGUGGAAAAGUUCUUUGUAUUCAAACCGAACAUGGACUGGGGCACAGAACUUUGGGAUCAGUAUGACAUAAUCGAGAAGCACACACAGUCCGGCCUGGAGCUGGUGGAGAAGUACGUCAAAUUUGUGAAGGAGAGAACAGAGAUUGAGCAAAACUAUGCCAAACAACUGAGGAAUCUUUCCAAGAAAUAUUACCAAAAGCGAUGCAGCAAAGAUGAGCCAGAGUGCAGGUUGUCCAGCUACCAGUCCUAUUUGGACAUCCUGAAUGAGAUGAACGACUAUGCGGGCCAGAGGGAGCUAAUUGCAGAGAACUUGAUGAUGAACAUUUGUAUUGAUCUCACAAAGUACCUGCAAGAGCUCAAGCAGGAGCGAAAGACGUAUCUGAUGGAGGUCAAGAAGGCCCAGCAGAGUUUGGAGAGCACCUACAAGCAGCUCGACUAUAGCAAAAAGCGCUUUGAGAGGGAGUGGAGAGAAGCAGAGCGUGCAGCACAGAACGCAGAGAAGACGGAUCUGGACAUCAACGCAACAAAAGCCGAUGUUGAGAAAGCCAAACAGCAGGCUCAUUUUAAGGCCCAAACAGCGGAGGAGAGUAAGAACGACUAUGCUGCUCAGCUCCAAAGAUACAACAAAGAGCAGAGCCAGUUCUAUUUUACUGACAUGCCACAUGUUUUCAAUAAAUUGCAGGAUCUGGACGAGAGGCGAAUACAGAAGUUGGCACGAGGCUACAUGUUGUUCUCAGACACAGAAAAGCAAGUGAUGCCCAUCAUUGGAAAGUGCCUGGAAGGCAUUACCAAAGCUGGCACCAACGUUAAUGAGAAGAAUGACACAGCGAUUGUAAUAGAGCAGAACAAGUCCGGAUUUGAGCGUCCUGGAGACGUGGAGUUUGAGGACUACAGCCAAGGAAUCAACCGAGCCUCUUCUGACAGUAGUUUGGGUACACCUAAAGGCCCCAUGGACCUUCUGGGGAGGAACAAGGGCAAAAACUUUUGGCUUUUCAACAGAAGGAGUAAGCUCUCCUCCACACUCGGUCCUUUCUUCACACACCCUGACGCUUCACCCUCUAAUGGAUCCCAUUCCCCCAAGUUUGGCCGGGACUCCCUGUCGCACUGUUUGAAGGAGAUCAAUAAGUCAGUCAAACCCAGAAUCUCUUCCUUCAGGACACUCAAGAGAUCGAAAUUUACCCCAGACAAGGUCAUGCCCACGGUGACAGAAGACUUUGGCCAUCUUCCGCCAGAACAGCGCAGGAAAAGGUUACAACUGAAAUUAGAGGAAAUUUCCAAAGAGUUGCAGAAGGAAGUAGAUCAGAGUGAAGCACUCGGAAAGAUGAAAGAUGUUUAUGAGAAAAACCCUCAAAUGGGAGAUCCGGCUACUCUUGCAUCCCAAAUCAGUCAGACGUCUCAGAACAUCGAGCGGCUCAAAGGAGAGAUGAGCAAGUAUGAGAAUUGGUUGACAGAAGCUGGAGCUCGAGGUGAAACAAUGCGAUAUAAAACCCACACUUUUAACAAUAACGGUGCUCAUGAUGCGCUCAGCCCUGAUGGAGCUCAUUCUGAUGAAACUCCUGCUGAUUCUUCCCAAGCCAUCUAUGCCGAGUUUGAUGAUGAUUUUGAAGACGAGGAACUAGCAGCUCCUAUAGGAAGAUGCACAGCCAUGUACAGCUUCCCCGGUGCGAGUGAAGGAACCAUCUCUAUGCAGGAAGGGGAAGUGCUGGCUGUGGUAGAAGAGGAUAAAGGGGACGGUUGGACUCGUGUGCGAAGGAACAAUGGAGAUGAAGGCUACAUACCUACAUCUUACGUCUCCAUCGCUCUAAACAAAUGAGGAAGAAGAAACAAUCAGGUCAACUCUUCCUGAAGCUGUUCGCAGCUCUUCCCUUUGUACCGAUCAGGAAGAAGCACGUGAUGAAUAGGAAAGACUGCCAGAGGAUUCAGAACUGCUUUGAUUUGAUGAAAGAGGUGCCCUCUGUAUGCAGAGGAGUGGUGCAUAAAUGUAAUUCCAGUUACCCACUACAAUAACUGCAGUUAUUUCUCAUUUUACCAAGUCCCAUAGUCUCGUUAUUUGCACAGUUUUGGUGCAAGAGCUUUUCUCGUUCCUGAAUGCGAGAGAAGGUGAUGGAAGAGAAGGAGCGCCGCUGCUAAGUCUGAACACCUUUGAUGCUUAAGAUGACGUUACCUCGCUUGUUUGUGUCUUCAGGUAAAAACCGAGCAGCUCUAACCCACUGCAGCAGAGCUCAGAAUUUAUGACCCCCUUUCUUUUCAUUUGUCCGUUGUCUCAAGUGUGCCACGUUUCCAUUUGCGAUGCCACUUGAGUGUCCUCUAUAUUUUGUACCAAGAACUUUUCACUCUUUUCAUUUGUUGCAAUUUGUGGGGCUCGGCAGCGCGGAGAGCUCUCCUGUCACGGUGACAGACACACACAAAAAAA